UAUGUAGUGAAAUUAAACGUUCAUGUGGAACAAAAAUCCAGAUUGUAGCUAUAUAUAUAGUUGUUUCUAUUUAAAACGCGAACGUAUAAGGAAAGAUAAAGAAUAAACUUAAUUAUUGCCGUAUAAUAUUAGCAGAGCAGUCCAUUUCCGGUUUGUAUUUAUCUCUGUUUGUAUCCCCGGAUUUAAUUCCAUCUUGCUAUAUAUUAUGCAAACCACUUAAUUAUUUGUUUUUAUUCUAACGCGUAAACUGCCGUCAUUCUAGACACCAUCUUUUAACGGAAUCACCACAGUAUAGGACAUGUAUCUGCUACAAAUCCUUUUGACAACCGUGUACUUUGUAUCUGUUGGAGGGGUUCCACCGUCUUGUAAAGAGCGAGAACUGAUCGGGAAUUGUUGUCCAAAUUCCUACUAUAACACAACUGCAAAGGAGUGUAAAAUAUGCCCAAAUGGAUUCAUUGGUAUCAACUGCAGUGAAAAGUGUCAAGAUAAUUUUCAUGGAAGAGAAUGCCAGAAAACGUGUCCUCGACAUUGUCAGGGAUUAUGUCACCAUAUAACAGGAGAAUGUCCCCAUCAAGUGACCACUACGCUGUGGACGACUCCUCUGUUUGAUAAAUCACACAUCAGUACCAUUGAACAUAGAAACAGACGAAUGUCAACUACAAACAAUAUCCAAACCAAGGAAGCGUCUUUAGAGAGAAGUACAUACACCACUCACAUGACGUCACAUACCAUUCACGCGAAGUCAAUAGAAAUAUCAAAUAAAUUUCUCCGUGAGGAAAAGUCAACUUUUCCUGUCAUCGUCCCAAUCGUGUGUUUUGGAUCGACUCUUGUUGGGUUAUUGUUUAUCAUAUUCAUGAUUCAUGUGGUUCGAACUUAUAAAACACAUCGCAGUUCACAAUUACAGGAGGUAGACGUACAAACACAGUUUAACUCAGUCUACGAUCUGAUUAAUGAAGAUUGCAUGCAGAUUACUUCUACAGGUGGUUGCGAUACGGCAAAAAAUGGGUGAUACUUCCACUUACUCGAUUUGUGUGAAAUUUACCACAUGGUAACAGUUCGAAAGACAUAUGUAUGAAUGUAUAUUGUAUAAUUUAACAGAAUAUUGUACAUUUGUACAUUUCUUGAUACACUAUAUAGUGAGAAUACACCGCUAUGCAUUUUACUUUUAAUUCUUUUAAUACCUUUCACAUUCUUACCUUAUCUUUUCCUCAUAUUGAAUGGCUGAUAUAUAGUCGUAUAACAUGAAUAGUCUAUCAAAUCCCACGAAAAACUUUGAAAUUGAUAUUUACUCUGGAAAGUAUGUUUUAAAAAGUUCACAGUAAUUGUAAAUACCAACAAGCGUUUCAUUAUAUCAAUCUAUCACUAAUUUGUUUUUAAUUUCCAAAAAUGAACACGAAAGGGGUUCUACAUUUUUAUUCUUAUUUUGCGUAGACAGCUACGACCUAUAAUAGCGGCGAUUCCCUUAUUAUGAGAAUAUUCUUUAUUUGUGAUUAGCGUUGUCUAAAUCCAUGAUAAGUGCUAGUUUUCAAUGCUCACUAGACAAAAAUGCAAAGUAACAUUACGACACGAGAUCCACAUAAAGUAUAACACAGCAGUAUGUUUUCGCCUGCCAAAUAUGAUGAGCUCAUCUUUUGGAUAGAUUUUCUGUUUUGUUGAACCGAGAUUUAGUUCCUCACAGCAGAUGACGCUUAUGUAUACAUCAUCGUGUCAAAAAUGAUUUGGGUAUCGCAGAGGUAGCUCUCUCGAUUAUCGCUGUUACGAUCCGAUUUCGGUCUUCGUGAUCAACAGUGGUUUUACACAUGUAUGUGAGAGGUAUGGUUGUCGCCCGCUUGGACUCGUGGGUUUCCUAAGGGAACCUCCUAGCGUCAACAUCCAUGCAUCAAAGACCACAUUGGAAAUAAUCUUUCAAGCUUUCACGUUUUAUUCUUGGUAUUUAGGUAUGUAUAUCUUUAUGUAUGUAUAUACCAAAUUAACAUUUAUUAAUUUAAUAUGGAUACACGUUGGGUUGUUUCAAAGACAAUGCUAGGUUGUCUAUUUUUAUAUCCUUAUAAUUUGGUAUGUUUAAAAUGUGUUCAUGCGAUUUCUGAUUUCGUAAAUCCUAAAACGAUUUAUGAUUCAUAUUUAGUCUAAUAAGAUCUAUGGAUAUUCUAAUUCACACAAGAUUGGUAACUAAAAUGGAAGCGAUUUCCGUUUUGACACAAAUGUGACAAUAUCUGUUUUCUUUUCAAAAGAAGCAUAUUUUUUAUAAAGAACAUGGAAAUACCUCUCAAACACUCAUGAUCAAUACAAAUCGAGAACAGGGUCACCACGGACCUCUGGAAGCACUAGAUGUGGUACCAGGUGUCCAGGAGGAGUACACAUCUCCAGCCGUCGUGAAGCCUUUGUUAUUAUCAUGUAAAUGGAGUAGAUUAUUAGAUGUGGAAUGCAAGUUAGAAUAAUUAUCAAAAUUAAAGACUUGAAAUUAUUUAUAUUUAAUAGAUACAGUUGUUAUGAUAAUCUUUAUCAAUAAAGAUUAUAUUGUUGCGAG